AUGUCCAGAUCCAGGGAGGCUUGGGAGUCCUUCGUUCGAAUACGAUGCGAGGGAUUAUUCGGCGGACCUAAAACACUGGGUACCCAAGGGCGUGCUGCCAGAUUGGUCGCAGCGGACCAUGAACUCGACGUCCUCAAAGAGUUUGAAGUCGUCAUGAGACAGGCUAGGAAUAAGCUCUCUCCUGUGGGUGCUCUGCCGGCGGAGGUACUAUCCGUGAUCUUCGAGCUUGCGCAAGAGAAUUGGCAGCCAGUGGCGAUAAAAUCCAAUAAAUCAGACUCUGACGACUCUGACGAAGAUGGAGAGAAGGAGCUUUUUGAGUACUCAUAUGACCUUGGAUGGAUAUUCGUGACACAUGUCUGUCACUCGUGGCGCCAGGUUGGCUUGAGCACUGCUCGUUUAUGGCAAUGUCUUCCAUGCUUGGGCAUACCGCCACUUCUUGCGAGCGAAAUCAUCUGUCGAUCAAGAAAUCAACCUCUUGAACUCGUUAUCAAUGACUGGCCCGCCGAUACGCAAACUACUCAGUCGGCUUUGCGUGGUUGGCUCUGCCCAUAUCUCUUGCGGCGUACUUCCAUCCUUCGGGUCGAAGAAGUACCUGCAGAAGACUUCAAAACCUGGUUUACCCUCAUGGCGCACCCGAUGCCAAUUCUUCGCAGAUUGAAACUUGAACUUGAGGACGGAGACGAGGAUGUGGUCCGACUUCCCGAGACAGUUUUCCCCGGGAACUAUCCUCAUCUCACCGAUGUUCUCUUCCAAGACUGUGUCCCUCAGUGGGACUCUGUCUUGUUCUCCUCGCCGAUCACGAGCCUGACGCUCUCAGCCACGUGGGUCGCCGAGGACGCAUUGUUCCUACCGGACAUGGCAGAGUUCCGUGCGGUACUAGUCUCACUACCGGGCCUGGAACAUCUUGUUCUACAGAACUUUUAUCCUCGGCCCUGCCCACCCGAUCAAAGACAACUCGAGCCGCUCACUCUGUCCAACCGCUUUCGCCAUCUGAAGAUCAAGGUCGACUGCGGCACCGUGUACGAAGACUUGAACGCGGACUUUUGGGAGUCGUUCGUCUUCCCGGUCGCUUCUACAGUCGAUCUGAAGAUUAUGUUGGACGAGUACGACUCCUGGGAUGACGAGGGAUGGCACUUUCUCGACCCCGUACUCCAGCUUCUGGACGGUGGUAGCAAUCCCAAGGAGCUCUUGUUGAAUGACAAAUCUGUUAUAGUGUUGUACCCCGAUGAUGACCCAAACAUCACUAUGCCGCAGUCCGCGCCCUUGCAGUCAUCCGCUCGCAAGAGGACCAUUUUGACGUGGUCUGCGGAGGUUCAUACGCAUGUGCAUAGACUGCCAAUGAUAGACUUAACGUCCGUCCGCUUCACCUCCGAUCUCCAGAAGCGAUUCUCAUCGGCCGACGCUUGGAUGCAAUCGUUCUCGACGGCUGUCACGGUCAAGCGCCUCUCCAUAUCACUCAAACACGCACUUCCUCUGUUGGAGGCCCUGGCACGUACAGGAGUUGACGGCGGGAUGUCCCUGUUUCCUCAACUGCAGACCAUCGUCAUCCACGAGGGACCGAGAAAGCGCGCAGACGCUGGGGAAUGGAGCAGGCUUGAGCUUGAUGUAUCACUCAUGGACCUCAUGGAGAGUCGGGAAAGGGCAGGCGUGCCGUUGGAGGUCAUAGCGAAAAAGAAAAUGUCGACCUGGCCAAUAUGGACGCGCGUCGGCGAAAAAACUACUGUCUCAUUUCACAAGCGUGUGUCGUAG